AUGACCAAGGUCAAAGGUGAUCCUUGCAUUGACAUUGUGGACCUGUGCUUCAACGGAGCUACAUGCGUUUCCGCGGUUACCGGCGAUUCACCUACUUUCUCUUGUACCUGUGCAGCCGACUGGACUGGUCCACGCUGUAAUAAAGAUAAAUGUACUGCUACAACUUGCUCAAAUGGAGGUACAUGUGAGAGUGAAGAAUCUACUGGAGUUUUCAAGAAAUGUCUUUGCCCUCCCUCAUACGAUGGAGUUUACUGUCAGUAUGCAUAUCCAUGCUCAUCAAACCCAUGCCAAGGAAAUGGAAUAUGUACAGAUCAUCUACACAUCACCCCAUACAAUUUUUCGUGUAUCUGUCAGUCUCCGUUCAUCGGGCAAACAUGUCAAUAUGAGGACCCGUGUUACACGAACCCUUGUCUAAAUGGAGGCACUUGUUCAUAUACGGGCGGAGUGUCAUCCCAACCUGUACAAGAGUGUGUGUGUUCCUCUGGAUACUCUGGCGAAUCGUGUGAGAAUGCAUAUCCAUGCUCAUCGAACCCAUGCCAAGGAAAUGGAAUAUGUACAGAUCAUCUACACAUCACCCCAUACAAUUUUUCGUGUAUCUGUCAGUCUCCGUUCAUCGGGCAAACAUGUCAAUAUGAGGACCCGUGUUACACGAACCCUUGUCUAAAUGGAGGCACUUGUUCAUAUACAGGCGGAGUGUCAUCCCAACCUGUACAAGAGUGUGUGUGUUCCUCUGGAUACUCUGGUGAAUCGUGUGAGAAUGCUUACCCAUGUACGUCGAACCCUUGUCGUGAGAAUGGUAUUUGUACAAACACGAUUCAAAUACUGCCCUACGAUUAUGAGUGUAACUGUACGCAUCCAUACAUCGGUCGAUCUUGUCAGUAUGAGAAUCCAUGUAAUGAGAAUCCCUGCCAAAACGGAGCAACUUGCGCAUACUCUGAUGGCGUGACAUCUCCCCCUUUGCGAGAGUGUUCAUGCCCUUCAACACAUUACGGAGAAUUAUGUGAGAAUGCUUACCCAUGCACAUCUAACCCGUGCCAAGGAAGGGGUUCCUGCUCGAACAACCAAGAGGAAGCCUCCGCAAACAACUUUACAUGUGACUGUUCCUCUCCUUUCGUCGGGCUGACAUGUCAGUAUGUUAACCCUUGUUCAACAAAUCCAUGUGAGAACAACGGAUCGUGCUCGUACGUAGAGGGCAUAUCAACUUAUCCUGUACGAAAUUGUACCUGUUUAUCGGGAUACUACGGAAACCUUUGUGAAAAUGCAUACCCAUGUACGUCGAACCCAUGUCGUGGGAAAGGCAUUUGUACCAACAAUCUUCAGAGUACUCCAUACAACUUUAUAUGCAAUUGUAAUUCUCCUCAUAUCGGGCUGACUUGUCAGUAUGAUGACCCUUGUCAUAAUGCGACCUGUCUGAACGGGGGUACUUGUGAAUAUAUAGGCGGCUCAACAAGUCCACCAGUCAAGUCUUGCUUGUGUCAAGAUGAAUUUAUUGGAGAUGUCUGUGAACAUGCACCUACUACUAUGACGUCACCGGAACAAAAUACAACCCAAAGUGGAGGCACCACAACGAUGUCGCCAGUCUUGACAAUAGAAGCUUCAGCAACUCCAACAGACUCACAUUCUAUGACUCAAAACACCGGAAACUCAGUCACAUUGGAAAGGACAGAAGUCACAGGGUUGGAGACACUAGAACCUUCACUCCCUUACUCUCCGUCUUCUGCAGAACCCACCGACCAUCCAAGAGGUACUACAAUAGACCGGGCAACAUUGGCUCCUACAGGAUCCUUUGAUCUAUUGACAAUCGUCAUCAUCAUCAAUGUCAUAUUGGUCGUUAUCAUCAUCAUCGGGACUUCAGUAGCAAUAGGACGUUACUGCUUGAAGAAACGGCAUAAACGUGAUAACCAAGGAAAAGAUGAACCUUUAUCCGGUCCUGAAGCUGAAGCUGCGGAGCUAUUCGCUAAUCAGUUGAAACUCGGACCACUGAUGUUCCAUCGGGUCGAGUCCGCAUACGAAAACACCGUCGUACUGGAACCGGUAUCCACCUCCUAUAACACGGGACAUUCCAUGACGAAAAGUGGCCGGCAACUUCCUCCGCUACCACUGGAGGUGGAACUGAUUGAAAAUGAGGAGAUUUACAAGAAACACCAGAGCGAGGGCGGCUAUGAAGACGUUGGCGAUGAAGGCGAUGGCCAGCAGGGACAGGAAAGCGACUAUGAUAGUCUGGAACCCGAGAAUAAGAAUGAUGCUGAUGUUGAGUCGGAUGUUGAUCACGGUGGAUACGAUCCUGUGUACGAGCCAGAACUCCCGAAGGACCAUGUUUACGAGGAAACCAUUGAACAGAGACGUGAAAACAGCGUGAAGUAUGAGAACUGUACCGCUGAAACAAAUCAGGGACGGACUGACAUUAAACAACAAGUCCCCAGAGGAAUUCAGAACAAUGAAUUUCAUAUGGUUCUCAAUGCAACGGUUGAGACAGAAUGCUAAAGAUGCAAGUAAAUAUAUAAAGCCCCUGUCACGCAAACACGAUUCCUAAAAAAAAUCUACUUGGCAAUCACCAGAUCAUGCCGGCAUGAUCCGGGGGAGGGGGGUUCGGAAUAUUUUUUUUUACCGCAGAUUAAGUGUCGACGAGACGAACGUUGAUAAAAUGUACACGCAGUUUCAUCAUGGCAUCUACAUGACGCUUACAUGGACCUCACCGGCAUAGAAGGAGUCUACAUGGAUUUUUCUGCCAACAUGGAUUUGGCAGUCCACGGAUGACGCCGGAAGUUUUGACCUCCCAAAUUCGCCAUGAUGAUCUUCCGGACGUUCACAGUCCUUAAAGGACAAGUCCACCCCAACCAAAAGUGGAUUUGAAUAAAAAGAGAAAAAUCCAACAAGCACAACACUGAAAAU